AAGGGGGUGGGGUAUGAUGUCACGCGUAAAAAAUCUUCUUCGACGUUAUUAGCAUUUAUUUUUUUCAGACGAAAAGUGUAUAUUAUUUAUAUGAUAAAACGCAUUGUGUAUAAUGAAAUUAUUUUAAAAAGUAGUAGAGAAGACUUAUUAGUUCCUUUCAAGGCACAAUGUAGUCCGGUUGGGGCGGGGCGAGUCAUGACCCUGUGACGUCAGCGACUGGGCGAGUUCUGGAGCUCAGACGUGGCUUGGCAUCUCGUCUUUUAGCAUCUCUGCUUCGAGCAUCUUCGAGACGCAAUGCUGCCCGACACGAAUCAAGCGGCCGCGAGCCUGUACAACCUUCUUAUUCAAGCAAUUGAAGAAACAAAGAAAGAGCCAUUUUUCUAUGAGACUGAUGUACAAGUGAAAUUGAUCACUGAAACUCGGGGAAAUCCUUUGGAAAAUUUUGGGACUAGAUAUGGCAUGAGAUUUGUUAUGGAGAAAGUGCCUUCAAAAGAAGAAGAAACAGAGGCUUCGGAAGAAUCACAGUCUGAUGAAUCAGUUAUCUCUGAUCUCCUUAAGAAUGAAAAAAAUGGGCCACUUGCUUUACCUGUUAAGAGAGCCAGGCAACUGAUUGGACUUUACACCAUGACACAAAAUCCUAAUAUGACCCAUUUGAAAAUUAAAAGGCCAGUUAAGCCUCUUCCUCCCUUAUGGGUAAAAUGUGACAGCUCGGAUCCUGAAAGCACCUGUUGGCUAGGUGCUGAGCCUAUGAGAACAAAGAAAGGCAUCGUGGGAAUCACUUUACAAGUGGUUACAUGUAAAGGUCCCACAGCUGAAAAAAAUUCCUCUGUAAAUCUUGAGGAUUUGAAAAGUUCUCACCUGAAAAGACAUAAUUCAACUACUGUAACAACUAAGGGUGUUGCUCAGUAUGAGCUAUUUAAGUCCACUCCCUUAGAUGAUUCAUCUUCCUUUUCACAUACUACUAUUGGUUUGGAUAUUUCAUGGGGUCCCGUGGAUCAACUUCUUCAAACACCUCCUCUCACUUCUGCUGCAGUAUUGAAUAUUAAAGUGGAACCUGGAGAUCCUCGAAGCCCUUUGUACCAUCUGUAUAGAGAACUGAAAUUUCUAAUUGCUUUGGCUGAUGGAUUGAGGACUGGUGUUACCGAGUGGCCUGAACCUUUGGAGAGGAAAUCAUCUGUUGACCUUGUUCAGGAAUUUCUCAAUGAUCUAAAGAAUAGAUUGGAUGGGAUUGAGAAUUCAGCAAAGAAAGUCAAGUCAUUGAGAUGUGAUACUGCUGCAGUUGAUGAUUCCAUUGAGUGUUUUUUCACUGUACGUGGUGAUCUGGAUUUUGCUGAGCAGCUGUGGUGCAGAAUGAGAAUGAGUGUUGCCUCAUACCAAGAUUUGGUGAAGUGCUUUACAUUGAUCUUGCAGUGUUUAAGACGUGGGGACAUCCAGCCAUGGCUCCACCGAGGGAGUAGCAGUUUACUAAGUAAACACAUUCAGCAGUCUUACCAUGGACGCCUGGAUGUGGUUCCUCUCACUGGUACCACUCCAAUUCGAAUGCUUUUGGAGGUUGGUUUGGACAAAAUAAAGAGAGAUUACAUUAAUUUUUUUAUAGGCCAGGAACUUGCAUCCUUAAACCAUUUGGAUUACUUUAUUUGCACAUCCAUUGAUACACAAGAACAAGUUGAUCGUGUUAGAAAACUCCACCACAUCCUGGAAGUCGUCAUCAGUUCCAUGAUAUACCUUAAACUUCCACAUGAAGUCCUAUUUACCUUAGCACAGUCCUGCAUAACAUACUAUAAGAGAAAUCCUCUUAAUGAGAAACAUACAUUUCAGCUGCCAAUCAGACCAAUUGUUAUAAAGAAUUUCUAUCAGAGUGAGACUCCAAGAAAAUGGAGAGUAGAAAUAAGUAGUGGACAGAAGCAAGUGAAAACACUUUGGCAACUGAGCGACACUCCAUCAAUAAGUCAUCUGAAUUUUAGCAGACAUGAUCUGUCUGAAGCAGCAUACAACAGUAUUCUUGAAGAAAAAGUGUUUUUCACUAACAUGGUUGCCUGCACCAAAGUGCAUUUCACAUAAAAAUAUGUUGAUACCGUCUUAAGAGUAACCAAAAAGGAAACUCUUCAGACUUUUGAAACCAAAUGAAGAUGAAGACGCUAAACUUUAUAUUGAAUGAAGCUGUUUUAUUAGUAACCUUUUCUUAGCUUUGCCUCCGAAGAAGGAACAUCAGUAGAACUGCACUUAGAAGUAUGCAGAUUGUGCAGACUGUAGGCACCACAAUCUCUGUAACCAUUUGCAUGUGAUCUAACAAAGGCUCUGAAAUGUAAAAAGUGACCAUAAAUUAAUAGCACAUUGUUUCAGCUAAUGUAACUUUCCUGAAAGGUUAGUAAUAUUGAAAAAAAAAACAAAAAUAUCUGUUCAGAUUUUAAACUAUUCAGAUUUACUAUACAUUGGUACCUAGAUAAUUAGAUGUUGAGAAGCAAGUAUAUUAGCAUUCUUUAAAAUGAUUUUUGGAAAAUAGACAGUAAAGAACUUCAGAUUUAGUGCCUUUUAAGUUUAGAACAAGUCUUACAAAAAUAUCUUUGCUUCUUAAAAAGUUUCAGUCAUAUUUUUUCUGUCUCUGAAUUAUUAACAAUAGUAUUUCACUGUUCCCCUUACUUUCAUUGGGGGGAGGGAGACAUAAAAAUUGGGGGGAAAUAAGGGAAAUUUCAGAAGACAAUUCCUUGGAAGCACUUAGAAUCUUUUGAAGGUGGCAUUGCUUAUUAACAGAAGUCUAGUUAAACAGAUUAUGUGAGGAAUUAUGUUUUAGAUGUUUAGUGUCUUUAGUAAUUGAACAGUAAACACUUGUAGAGUAUUUAGGGAGUUCUCAUAUUAGUUUGUUUGUAUUUAUACUAUUUAACUCUUUAUUAUUAUCUUUUAAUAUUAAGGUUAUACUCUCCUGUUUUGUAUUUUUUAUUUUUAUCUGCUCCUGUUUUUCAAAUAGGUGCCUUGAUAUGAUUCAGUUUUUUCCAUAUCAGACUUUAAAAUGGCAAGUUAGCUCUACAACUUUAUGCUUAUGCUGAGUUAGAAGUAUGAAAAUUCAGAGCAACAUAAAUAAGUUUCUUAUAUUAAGCUAUGGUUUCUGAUACUUUCUUCUAUGUGGAUUCUGGGUGGUUUUUACCUAAGCCUCCUAAUUUGAAAGUUUUAAACUCAGCUCUUACUGUAAUCCUUUUAAGUUACCAUUGCAUUAGAAAUGCUGAUGUGCAGUAUAUGCAGCAACCUUUAUAUAUAAAGUUUUUGGUUUGGGGCCAUUUUUUUAUACCCCCUCUCUUGCAAAACAAGUAAUAUAAGUAUAUUAGUUUGCAUAGGAUAUCGGUUUGAUUUAUUAGGAGCAGUGUAGUGUGAUAGAAACAUUGUCUUUUGGAUUUAUAGCAAUUAUGUUAUUAAAGAAUUCUCUUUAAACAUUUUUAUAAUUAGCAAUUUAGCAUUUGCUUAUAAGUAAGAAUUUGUUUUAUUUUAAGUAGGUGUUAGAAAUUGACUUCAGAAACAUAUGAUUGGUUUCUGAUUAUGUCAUUCCAAAUAUGAUAUAUAAUUUAGUGAGUGAAAGACAAAAACAAAAUAUUUACCUGCAGCAAGGAUCUGGGUAGUAGAAGAACAGGUUUCUGUGGCUAUGCUGUGCCAUCUUUCCACCUGAUGGGAUCAGCUCAAUAAGUAAUAGUUCCUUAGUAGUUAAAAGUUUUAACCUAUCUAAAUCAGUCAUCAAGUACUUAGUGUUCACAGUUAUAUAGGCAUGCAAGUUAGAAAGGGCUUAUGAUCUAGAAGAAUUUAAACAGAUGAGUCAAAUUCAUAAUAAAUAUUGAAAAUAUGGCUAGAAGUAGUGAAAGCCAUCAUUCUUCCUCGUAUCAGAUACAGCAUUGCCAUAGCAAUCAUAAGAGAAUGAGGCAGUGGAGAAAUUUUGCAGGUUUCUUAAAGGUCUGAAGAGUUGAUAGGAUUGAAUUGUUGGUGGUACUCUUGGAUGAUGCCAAGCUUUUCUCAAAUUUGCUGAAUGAAAUUGUAGUAAAUAUCAAAGUACUUUCUGUGUUCCUAGGUACAUUGUGCUGAGUUAAACAAAAAUAAAAGUGAGAGAGCCUCUUGAGUUCUACUGAGAAAGAGAGCUUGGGUUCUGCUGAGGCGAUAUGUAGCAUGUUCACAGAUAAGUAAGUACAGGAUACGUUAAAAAAUACUGGGGUGGUACUAACAACUGUCAGGGAAGCCCUCUUGAGGGACCUCAAGGGGAACUGGGUGUUCUAAAAUGUGCAAGUGAGGAAGGAAAGCAUUCCAGAUGUGGGGAAUAGCCUAUGUAGAUGAUGGAAUGCCACAGGUGAGGAAUGGCAAAUAGUCCACUUUGGCUGAUCAUAUAGCCUGGGAUGGGGAGUGAUAUGUAAUCAGCCUGCAACUCUAGAACCUAAUUGUGAUGGGCUUUAAAUGGUAAACAGUAAUUUGUAUUUUAUUCUACUGUUUUGUGUGCUAGGUACAGAUAGAAAGCUGAAAUUAAACAUAGUUGUCCCUUUUUUUAUUCCUGUGUUUUCCAUUAAUCACAGGUCAGAGUAUGUGAUAGGUUUUUAAUAUCCCUUUUCCUUUGCCAUUUUCUCACUUUCAUAGUCCUCCCUACCUCCUCCACCCCCAAAAUACAUACUUUAAAAAUAGAAUUUAGCAUAUCAUGCCCAUCAAAAGUUUUGGAACCAUCUGGUGGGUGGACUGGACAAUCUUUCAGAAAUAGUAAGGUAUUUUAUCUUUAGAAUCUCAUAGAGAGCUGCAGUCAUAGCCUUUGCUUUAGUUAGCUUACCACAUAACCAUUCAUUUAAUGAUAAAUUGUUUUGUGUUAUUAAUACAUCAAUAAACAUGAUCUGUAUUCAUGAA